GUCACAUGUCGCUAUGGUUUGGUCGAAAAAAGCCACUCGCCAAUUAAAAAUCAGAGUUCACUGGAAUCUACCAAUCACGGUUGACUUUAAUAAGAAGGAGAUAAAAAAUAACCAAACAUUGUUGAAUACGUGUAGUAAUAAUAAUCGAAUUUCGAAAGUGUGAGUGCAUGACAUCACGUAAACCUAACCUCGAAAUAAUGAAAUUCAGCUGAAAUUAAUGCAAUUUUCGGUGUUAAAUUCGUAAUUCAACAAAAAAUGUGUCUUCCUUCCGGAUUGUAAGUGUUGGUUCUUCAGUCUCCUUGAAAUGAAUCUCAGAGUUUCUGGAAUUUCUAGAUAUUUUAAGAACAUACGGCAUGCCUUGAAUUUGGAUUUAUCUAAGAAGAGGAAAGAAACACAUCGAUAAAUGCGAAGUGGAUCUUCUUUCCUUUCCACAUGAAAUGCUCGAAUCCUCGAAGAAAUCAUCACGAUGAGCGGAAUCUCAGGACAGUUUCGGAAAACAACAUGGGACCCAUUUUUGAUAAUUUGCCAAAUAAUUGCGGUGCAAACUGUGAUGUACUUUUUCCUCGGUAUCUGGAUUUGGAUGGCAGCCACUUUUCUGGGCUCGACCCGAUCCUUGGAUUAUGCAUUCCAGUACAAAGAAAUUCACGUUCGUGAUUUCGGCGGGCACCUAGUAAUCUCUAUUUUUAUAAUAAACGCCCUAAUCGGCGCCCUGGCCCUCUGGAGAAUAGUGCAGAGGACGAAACAAUGUAUGGAUUUUGCAUGUACGGCGCAUCUGAUUCAUCUGAUUUCUUGUUGGCUCUACAACGGAAAUUUUCCAACAACUUUCAGCUGGUGGUGCUUGAAUAUUGUUUGUUUAAUUAUUAUGUGCGUGUGUGGUGAAUUUCUCUGCAUGAGGACUGAACUUCAAGCGAUUCCUCUGAGUAUGAAUAGUCAGAGAACAGCCUUGUGAAAUUUAAUUUUCGUUUCGGUUGGUACGGUACGUUUUAAAAAUGUUAAUUAAUUUAUUAAAGGCGACAGAAAUUUGAAAUAAAG